CUGUAUUAUUGCUUUUCGUGAAAAAUUAAGCUAUAGUACGGUUUUAAAAAUAAAAAAUUUAAAGAAGCAAACUAGUUGCUUGGAUGUUUUACCAAGGCCAGACCACCUCAGAAUACUUACCACCUGUCAUAAAAGAAGAAUAGUCAGGGAAUUUAGGUCAGAUACAUGCCAAACUGCUGUCCAAGCCCAAAAAAAAUUAAAAUCUGAUGAAGGUGUUUGUGUUUCCACAAAUACAAUUCACUGA